AAGCGAAGGGCUUUCACAGAACUAAAGAUCAAAUGCCUGAGAAAGAAGUUUGCCCAAAAGAUGCUUCUACAGGCAAGGAGGACGCUUAUCUAUGGGAAAGCCAAGCACCAUCACAAGGAAGGUGGGCAGAUGGGCAGAACUGAAAUCCGAAUGGCUCGGAUGGCAGGAAAAGCUGGCAACUUCUAUGUGACCAGAGAGCCCUCGCUGGCAUCUGUUCUCAGGGUCAGAGGUGUCAGUGGUGUGAUCCCAAAGGUUCGAAAAGUGUUGCAGCUUCUUCGCCUUCGCCAGAUUGUCACCGGCACCCGUGUAAAGCUGAACAAGACUUCAAUGAACAUGCUGGGGAUUGUGGAACCAUACGUUGCACAUACCUAUACCCAACCAUACCCAACCCUAAAGUCGGCGAAUGAACUCAUGCACAAGCGUGGUGAUGGCAAAAUCAGUAAGAAGCGCAUGGCCCUGACAGAUAACGCUCCGACUGCACGCUCUCUUGGUCAAUAUGACCCCAUCUGCAUGGAGGAUCGGAUUCAUGAGAGCUGCACUGUUGGGAAACGCUUCAAAGAAGCAAAUAACUUUCUGUGGCCCUUUAAAUGA